AUGCCGUCGUCGGCGAGCCGCGAGAACUUUCUGUCGGCGACGACGGAGGAGCUGGAGAAGCUCACGGGCGCCGAGGCGGGGACGUCGGGCGCGGCGUCGUCGUCGGCCGUCGCGGCGCACCCCGGCCGGUCGCCGCUGGCGCUGCCGACGGCGCUGUUCUACGGCGCGACAUCCAUCGGCAUCAUCGCGUGCAACAAGAUCACGCUGACGACGUACGCGUUCCCGAGCUCGAGCGCGCUGGCCCUGGCCCAGUUCGCCGUGACCUGCGCCUGCCUCGGCGCGCUCGCGCUCGCGGGCGCCGUCGAGCUCGCGCCGCCGACGGCCGACUCGUUCCGCGUCGUCGUGCCCCUCACGGCGCUCUUCGUCGCGGACGUGCUCAUGGGCCUCUUCGCGACGGGGUCGCUGAGCCUGCCCAUGUUCACGGUGCUCCGGCGCUUCAGCAUCCCCUGCACCAUGCUCCUGGAGCGCUUCGUGGGCCAGGCGAACCCGUCGCCCUUGGUGCAGGCGUCGGUCUGGGGCAUGGUCGGCGGCGCGGUCGUCGCGGCCUACGACGACCUCGCCUUCGACGCCAAGGGCUACGCCGCCGUCCUGCUCAACGACCUCUUCACGGCGCUGCGGGGCGUCUACGUCAAGGCCGCGCUGCCGCCGCCGCCGAAGCUCUCGAAGCUGAGCCUCCUCUUCUACAACGCCCUCCUCGGCGGCGCCGUGCUCGCGCCCUACCUCGCGUACACGGGCGAGCUCGCGGAGGCGCGCGUCUGGCUCGAGGACGCGCCGUCGGCGCACGCGGGCGGCCACCCCGUGGCGGCCCUGGCCCUGUCGGCGUCCCUGGGGCCCGUGCUCCAGUACGCCAUCUUCGUCUGCACGCAGCACAACUCCGCGCUCACGACGACCGUCGUCGGCGCGCUGAAAAACGUCGCGACGACCUACGUCGGCAUGUUCCUCGGCGGCGACUACUCCUACUCCUACCUCAACUUCGGCGGCAUCACCCUGUCCUGCCUCGCGAGCCUCGUCUACUCCUGGGCCGUCAUCGUCGGCCGCCGCCUCCCGACCGCGCCGCCGGGCGAACCGGCCGCGAAGUAA